UAUACCAGUAAGUGCAAGGGGAUACUGAAUUAGAUUCCUAAAUGCUGAAAUACACAAUUCAUAAUUUAACUUGUCUGUCAUUUUCCCUUCAAGUCAGGGAUUCCCAAUCCAGGACACAGGGACCCCUUGCUUAAUGGUAUUGGUCCAUGGCAUAAACAAGGUUGGGAAACCCUGCUUUAAGUGGUACUAAAAAAGGGGAAUACCAAGUUGGCUUUAAUACAAAAAUGUAAAACAGAAGCACAGAAAAGAAAAAAAGAUUAAAUUUAAACUUUACUCUCUGAGUAAAGCAGUUCCCCCUUGUAUUACCCCUAACAUUAGGAAUGUUUCAAAUGCUUUACUAAAUUCCAUGUGUACAACGUCCACUGUCCUUCCCUCAUCCAUCAUCUUCAUCUUAACUGAAGUUCUUGUAUAACCAUAUAACAAUUACAGCGUGGAAACAGGCCAUCUCGGCCCUUCUAGUCCGUGCCGAACGCUUACUCUCACCUAGUCCUACCGACCUGCACUCAGCCCAUAACCCUCCAUUCCUUUCCUGUCCAUAUAUCUAUCCAAUUUUAAUUUAAAUGAUAAUGCUGAACCUGCCUCUACCACUUCUACUGGAAGCUGGUUCCACACAGCUACCACUCUGAAUAAAGAAAUUCCCCCUCAUGUUACCCCUAAACUUUUGCCCCCUAACUCUUAACUCAUGUCCUCUUGUUUGAAUCUCCCCUACAAUCAAUGGAAAAAACCUAUCCACGUCAACUCUAUCUAUCCCCCCUCAUAAUUUUAAAUACCUCUAUCAAGUCCCCCCUCAACCUUCUACACUCCAAAGAAUUAAGACCUAACUUGUUCAACCUUUCUCUGUAACUUAGGUGCUGAAACCCAGGUAACAUUCUAGUAAAUCUUUUCUGUACUCUCUCUAUUUUGUUGACAUCUUUCCUGUAAUUCGGUGACCAGAACUGUACACAAUACUCCAAAUUCGGCCUUACCAAUGCCUUGUACAAUUUUAACAUUACAUCCCAACUCCUAUACUCAAUGCUCUGAUUUAUAAAGGCCAGCAUACCAACAGCUUUCUUCACCACCCUAUCCACAUGAGAUUCCACCUUCAGGGAACUAUGCACCAUUAUUACUAGAUCACUCUGUUCUACUGCAUUCUUCAAUGCCCUACCAUUUACCAUGUAUGUCCUAUUUUGAUUAGCCCUACCAAAAUGUAGCACCUCACACUUAUCAGCAUUAAACUCUAUCUGCCAUCUUUCAGCCCACUCUUCUAACUGGCCUAAAUCUCUCUGCCAGCUUUGAAAACCUACUUCAUUAUCCACAACGCCACCUAUCUUAGUAUCAUCUGCAUACUUACUAAUCCAAUUUACCACCCCAUCAUCCAGAUCAUUAAUGUAUAUGACAAACAACAUUGGACCCAGUACAGAUCCCUGAGGCACACAACUAGUCACCGGCCUCAUCCUGACAGUUUUCCACCACUACUCUCUGGCAUCUCCCAUCCAGCCACUGUUGAAUCCAUUUUACUACUUCAAUAUUUUUCUUUCUGGCUCUCUUAAAUACUAGUAUGCUACAUGAGCCCAGCAGCAGGGUGAUGAGGACUGUUUCAUUCACUGGUAAUUCUGAAAUCUUCACACACCCAAGGCCAACUGAUAGAAUGCUGCAUAUUUCAACAUCAAAAAUAGGCUGCACAGUGCAUCUUUUGGAGGAUGGGGCCAAGGUCUGUAAUGGAAGCUGAAAAUAUCCAGCAAGUUGGGGAAACAUCUGAAUUUACGAGAUCACUGACUGGGAGCAUUAACUUGUGCUGAGUAGUUGUAUUUCAUUUCAGAUUUGUAUAAAUUGAUUUGGGUCCUUGUUGUGUUUGGGAGUGGGCGGUAUAAUGGAGACAUACAGUUUGAAUGAAAUGUGGAGAUUGGGAUUGGGUUUGACAUUUUGUAUGUGGGAUUGUGGGGGAGUGAUGGAACAGAUGAGAAAUUGGUAUUCCUGUUGCAGAGAUUAGGAUUGAUGGUGGUAGAGGGAGACGAUGUGAUUGGUGAUGAUUAGGGUCUGAAAUUUGUGUGGUUGCUGAAUCGUGGAAUUGGGAGUGAAAAUAACAGGUGGUAGUUCGGGAGAGGGAGGCAGAAGGUAAGGAGGCUGCUCUGUAGAAGUAGGCCUAGAGUUAUAGAAAUAGAAACAGGCUCUUCAGAACAACUAUUCCAUGCCGACCACAAUUUCCAUCUAAACUGAUAGUUCUGAUGGAUGAAAGUUGGUAACUAACCUAUUUGGCAGGCUUCUUGCUCUAUAUUGCCCAGGGUGCCCCCAGGACAGUAAGGUCCUCAUUCCCUUGCAGCAGAUCGGAAGGACCAUUCAUCCCAUGUAUUCCUGAUGUGACUAAUACAGCAGGGUGCAAGUGUGACUGAUGUCCAGAAGAGCCCAGUUGCAUUUUCUGAAACAACAUUGAUGAUCCAAGAAGUAGUGAUUUUUGAUCUCAACAGAAUCAAGGAGAAGCAUUUUAAGUAAAUAAAAUCCUAGCCUUUCAGAUUUCUGGGUAGAGUUACUGGCAGAUGUCGUUUUAGGGAUUUGACAAGGUGAAAGAGUGCUGUUUGUUGAGCAACAGAACGCUGAUGGCCUCCAAAGAAAUUCCUGGUGUCAGAUCAAGUGUGUUUAUUCGUCAAGAUAGUUCCAACACAUCACUGUCUUUAGGGUUUGACCCUCAUCAGGAUGGAUUAAAUCUUCAAUUUGUGGAACCACUAGAAGAUCGGUACAAAUGUGUCACUUGCUCCUUUGUUCUAUGUAAUCCUUACCAGACUGGAUGUGGGCAUCGAUUUUGUGAAAACUGUAUUGCAGAUUUAAUAGAGUCAAAACCUAUUGGCUUUUGUCCUAUUGGUCAUGAAGAGAUUCAUCCAAAUUUGAUAUUUAAAGAUAACUGCUGCAAGAGGGAAGUGUGGAAUUUGAUGGUAUACUGUAAAAAUGCACCAGACUGCAGUGUAACUGCAUCUUUUGGACGUUUAGGGGAUCACCUUAAAAAAUGUCAGUUUGAAACGAUAACAUGCGUCAAUGGUUGCGAUGCUACCUUGCGAAGAAAAGAUUUAGUUGAUCAUUUGCAAACAGUGUGUGAAUAUAGGGAAGAAGCCUGUCAAUAUUGUAAAGUGACUUUAGUUUUUAAAAACAUUAAGGAACAUGAAGUCGUCACAUGUCCGAAGUAUCCAAUUAAUUGCACAAACAAUUGUGGUGAAAGUUUUAUAAGAAGUGAGCUUGAUACACACCUGACCAUCUGUCCAGAAAGUGAAGUGGAAUGUAGCUACAAAAAAUAUGGUUGCCAUGCCAGGGAAAAACGGAGGAAGAUCGUGGAGCAUGAGCACUCUUGCUUAAAUGAACAUUUAUUGCUUGUUGUUAGAAACAAUAAUAAGUUGGAAGGACAGAUACUGGAUCUACAAAAAACAUUAUGUGACAGGAACCACAUUAUCAGUCAGUUGGAAGAACAAAUCAACAAACUUGACAGUAAGGUCGCACAAUUAAGUGAGCUGAUUUCUAAAAAUGAUGACGAAGUUGUAAGAACACAGAAAAUUCUGGCUGGUCAUGCUGACAAAAUAAUAACUAUUGAGCAACAGUCACAACAAUUUUGCAGAAGAUUAGAUCAAGAAAGAAAUAAUGAAGUAGCAGCAUUGAAGGAAGUCAUUCAUGUAUUGAAGGAAAAAGUGGAAUGUGCUGAAAAUAACAUUGCAUCAUUGGUGUCUUUUGAGCCAUGCCUGAAGCAACAUGAAUCAUUGUUAAGUGCUCAUAAGAAGCUACUGGAAGCGACAAAUGAAAGAUUUCGAGUUUUAGAAGCAACUGGCUAUAAUGGCAAACUGAUUUGGAAGAUCUCCAACUACAGAAGGAGAAAGCAGGAAGCAGCAGAGGGAAUGGCUAUUUCUCUUUUCAGCCAGCCCUUUUACACAAGCCGCUGUGGAUACAGACUGUGUGCUCGGGCAUAUUUAAAUGGAGAUGGAGCAGGCAAAGGAACUCAUUUAUCAUUGUUUUUUGUUGUUAUGAAAGGUGAGUUUGACUCUCUGUUAACGUGGCCAUUUAAACAGAAGGUGACUCUCACACUGCUUGACCAGAGCCCGAAAAAACAUCACAUAGUGGACCUCUUUAAGGCCGAUGCCAACAGCACCAGCUUUAAAAGACCCAUUUCAGAAAUGAAUAUAGCAUCUGGAUGUCCUCGAUUUGUGUCUCAUGCAGUACUCGAAGGUGGGAAGACAGGGACAUUUAUAAAAGAUGACACAUUAUUCAUCAAGGUCAGCGUGGAUUUAACCGAUCUUGAAGAUCAAUAGAAGAACUUAUAAAAUACUUUUUCAAAAAGCUAAUGGAGUCAUAUUGAAAAUCAAUUCUUCAACAUUGAGCAUUAUGUUACUAUAUUUUAUUAAAUAUUCAGGUGCCAUAAAACUAAUAUAAUUUGUAAUUAUUGUGAAUAUUUUUAUUUUUCUAUUAAAUGCAGAUCUCUUAUGUAUAUGAAGAUUUUGUAUGAAUGCUGAUUAUUUGCAUUGUUCAUCUGGUGUGAUUAUUGUUAAAUCUAAUCAGACAAAUACCACUUAAGACACACAGACAUAGAAAUUCAAUAUUGAUGGUUGCACAUUGUGGCCAUAAAAGUCAUGGAGGAUAAACAAAAUGGAUGUCCAAAUACUGAAUGGCCUUAACUUCAACCUGGUGGCUGCUUGGAACCAUCGUAGGCCUGACUUCUAUUAUGGCACAAGCAUCCUAUAGAUGUUCCAGAUUCAUUGUGGAAUUUGCCUGCAGGACAAUGGGGCCCAAUGUUUGGUUUAUCAUUAUCAUUACUUGGUUUACAAGCAGGUUAACCAGCAGAUCAUCAAGGUUCCAUUGGAGGCUAUAAUGUGGUUUUCUAUUUAUAACACCUAGUGGCCUGCACUCAGUUACCCACCUCUGCUGAUCUUCUCUGCUCAUCUCUCACCCAAGGUGUUUGAAGAUUAUUAUCAAUUGGACAAGCAACUCAAAUUCCACCUGGUUACGGUGCCAAGUUUGAUCAACUAUUACAAUCUGGUCCAAUGCCAUUUUGGGUCUUUUUGCAUAGUGCCUCUUCCUGUGUAAACCACAUGCAAUUUGACAUAGAUUCUGAUACUAAUAAAUCUGUGUACCAUAAAUUUAAAAAAUUACCUAUGUUAAGAAAACACAGCCAUAUUAACUUAGAGGUGUUUCAUUUAUGUCAAUCGAAAUAUACAAGGAAUUAAAAAAUACCUAUUUUUGAAAUUCUGUUCCAACAUUAGUCAGUACGUGUAGUGUAAGGGAAAAAGACAAGUGAUGCAAUUAAAAUACAAAUAGUUUUGGUUAUGAAUGACAGCACCUUUUGGAAAUAGCUGGUAGUUAUUG